CCCAAAGUCAUUUCCCAUCUCGCGUGCACUUUGUUCCAACUAUUGGGGGCGUCGCUGCCCCUCUGGAUGGUCGCGGGCAAACUUCCACCCCGGCGCCGCUUCUAAUGGAGCCCCACCUGCUCGGGCCGCUCCUCGGCCUCCUGCUCGCCGGCACCCGGGUCCUCGCGGGAUACCCAAUUUGGUGGUCCCUGGCCCUGGGCCAGCAAUACACAUCACUGGGUUCACAGCCUCUGCUCUGCGGUUCCAUCCCCGGCCUGGUCCCCAAGCAGCUGCGUUUCUGCCGCAACUACAUCGAGAUCAUGCCCAGCGUGGCCGAGGGCGUGAAACUGGGCAUCCAGGAGUGCCAGCAUCAGUUCCGGGGCCGCCGCUGGAAUUGUACCACCAUAGAUGACAGCCUGGCCAUCUUUGGGCCCGUCCUGGACAAAGCCACUCGCGAAUCGGCCUUCGUGCACGCCAUCGCCUCUGCCGGUGUGGCCUUCGCCGUCACACGCUCCUGUGCGGAGGGCACCUCCACCAUCUGUGGCUGCGACUCGCAUCAUAAGGGCCCCCCGGGCGAGGGCUGGAAGUGGGGCGGCUGCAGUGAGGACGCCGACUUCGGGGUGUUGGUGUCUCGGGAGUUUGCAGAUGCCCGUGAGAACAGGCCUGACGCGCGCUCGGCCAUGAACAAACACAACAACGAGGCUGGACGCACAACCAUUCUGGACCACAUGCACCUCAAGUGCAAGUGCCACGGGCUGUCCGGCAGCUGCGAGGUGAAGACAUGUUGGUGGGCGCAGCCCGACUUCCGAGCCAUUGGCGACUUCCUCAAGGACAAGUACGACAGCGCGUCGGAGAUGGUGGUGGAGAAGCACCGGGAAUCUCGAGGCUGGGUGGAGACGCUCCGAGCCAAGUACGCGCUCUUCAAGCCACCCACCGAGCGGGACCUGGUCUACUACGAGAACUCGCCCAACUUCUGCGAGCCGAACCCUGAGACAGGCUCCUUCGGCACCAGGGACCGGACUUGCAAUGUCACGUCACACGGCAUUGAUGGCUGCGACCUGCUGUGCUGCGGCCGUGGCCACAACACACGGACGGAGAAGCGCAAGGAGAAGUGCCACUGCGUCUUCCACUGGUGCUGCUACGUCAGUUGUCAGGAGUGUAUUCGCGUCUAUGACGUGCACACCUGCAAGUAGGCGCCAGCGCACUGGGACCCGGCAGAAUCACUGAAGUCCUCUGGGAGCAGGUUCUGGAGCCGGGCCAGGGCCUCGGACUGCUGUGCUCAAGGCCGCUGACCUUUCAUCUGCUCUCAGCUGCUGGGGAUGGUGUUCGGUGUUUAAAGAAGGGGCUUUCCUUCUCCUUCUCGAGGGUCAGCUCAGCACAGGCCCAAGGCUUAUCUUUGCACGUGUGAAAGAAAAUAAAAACAAAGGACACAAAGUCUUCAGCAGAACAGGCUGGGAGAGUCCCCGUCUGGUGGGCAAGGCCUUGACCCAGGAGAGACCCCAUUUCCAAACUGCUUUCAAGGGGGACUCCCAGGGCCGACCCCUGCCGACACCCCCUAAGUGGUCUGUUACCUUCCAACCCCACAGGCUGACACCUUCUGACCAAAGCCAUAGGUCCAGCUAGGAGAGAGGCCCGAGGCCAUGGCCGGAGUAUGCAGUGGGACUCUAGGUGACCCUCUAGCUGUUUGAAGAGCAGCUGUAGGUCCUCCAUCUCCCCAUCUCUAACUUGUGCCAUGUGAAGUUCUCAGACCCUUAUCCAUCCGGUCCUGCCUCUUGUCUGCCUAUUCUGCACCUUUGGGUGGUGGGUGUUAUAAAUAAAUAGGUCAUGUCUGGAUUGGGGAGGCCCAAGCUUUCUCCAGCUCACGUGGCCCUCCCUCAAGGGAGAAGGGGUUGGUCAGCAUUCCCCCCUGCCCUUUCCCCCAGCCACCAGCCCUAUAGAUUCUGCAGAACCAGGCAGGGGCAGCUGGACCCCAGCGUGUGACACUGUGAGGCCUGCAGCUCCAACUCAGGGGAUGUUUAGGGGACGGGGAAGUGACAGUCCCUUUCUAAGUAGAAAGAAUCCCAGAGUUCUUCCACCUUCAUCUCCAGCCCUGUGUCUCUGUGCUGGGGCAGGGCAGGGCAGGGGAGGUACCAGCAUCUCAAAACUCUGAUCUAGAGAGUUUUAGGAAUCUGGUAUAUGGAGGCAGAUGGGCCUGAAGGCUUGGUCAGACCCCCAGCUCUCUCUUAAGGAGAUGCAGGAGAGGAGAGACAACCAGAGGGAUGGAAUAAACCUAUUUCCUCCUCCUUUUUCCACCUUCUUCUCUCUUUAGUCUGCCUAACACUGACCCCUGAAACCAGGUUCAGCCACCUGCCUUCCUACCUGCCCAGGCUGGCUUUGGCAAAAUGGCCCAGGAUCCAGGCCUGCCCCACUCUGAACCUCUGGCAUCAAAUCCUAUACUGAGACUUCCGGUGCCCUUCCCAUCUGAACUGCCCCCUCAUCUCACCAGACCCAAGUUUUCAAUCAUGUCAACUGGCUAAUGCUUGCUUCUGUGAGAAUUACUUCAGCAGCGUGGAUACAAAUUUUCAAAAAAAAAGUCUUUUCAUAUUCUAUGUAUUCUAUAUUAAAAGUGAUAAAGUCAUGUUUCUGGGGCGUAUUCAAGUAGCUGACAAGUAAUUAUUUAAUAAUAGUCCAUUGAGUGCAUUGUAAUGAUUCUUGCCGUAGUCAGGUAAUAGUAUUCAACAGAAAUUUCCUACCGACCUGCUGUAUCCAAAGGUUUGUAAAAAGCUGUAGAAGUUGUUGAUCUUUUUGAUUUUAUAUUCAAAAAGUCUCUUUUUAUAAAUAUUAUUUAUUAUACAAUGUAUAUACCUUUGAGUUAACUAAGAUUAUAUAUUAUAUAAAUAUAUAUAUAUUUGGAGAAAA